AUCCUCCCCACCUACUGCAGUCCCACCACUCCUCUCUCUCUCUCUCUCUCUCUCUAGGAGACAUCAAGCAACAGAAUCCUUGUGCAAACUUCAAAAGAAGAGAUUAUCAGAGCCCAUCAAUGGCAAUGACCUCUAACCACCACCCGACUGACCUCGACACCGGCGCACAUGACUCACUAGCCUCCUCGCCCCGCUCCGACCACCACUACCGUUCGAUCAACGACGACAACAUCACCCAGCCACGUGUACGCUUCAUGUGCAGCUUCGGCGGCAAGAUCCUUCCCCGGCCCCACGACAACCAGCUCCGCUAUGUCGGCGGCGACACCCGCAUCGUCGCCGUGAACCGCCACACCACCUUCUCAUCUCUCCUCAACAAGCUCUCCAAACUCGCAGGUACAACCAAUAUUAGCAUAAAGUACCAGCUCCCUAACGAAGAUCUCGACGCCCUCAUCACCGUCACUGCUGAUGACGACGUCGAGAACAUGAUGGACGAAUACGAACGAUUCAUCCAAAACAACGUGGUACACUCCAAAGCCUCUAGGCUCCGACUCUUCCUCUUCUCAAACGACGCCGUUUCGAGGACCAGUAGUAUUAGUUCCCUCCUUGACGGCUCCGCUAAAAGAGAACACUGGUUCCUCGAUGCCCUCAACGGCGGCGCGGGUCCCGGUUCGGGUCUGGAGCGUGGCCGAUCCGAAGUGUCCUCAAUUGUGUCUGAAGUCCCGGAUUAUCUUUUCGGGUUGGAUAACUCGGAUGAGAUGAUACCCAGAGAAACAAAAUCGAAGACCCGACUGAAUUUAGCCGACAAUGUUUCGAAUUCGGAUCCUGGGUCUCCCGCUGCGGUUACUUCUUCCCCGUUUUGCUCGACCUCGUCGUCGCUGGCACCGUCUUGUGUGCCGUCAAUCCCGGGUCUUCCGCCGGUCAAAACAAAGCCCGACAGCCCGGUUCCUGUUUUUGAAUCAAAGGAGGUUCGGGUUGGGAGUUUUGCAGAGCCAACUGAACCAGUAGCUGUGCAACAACCCGGGUAUGGAGGAAACCCGCAAUGGCAUUAUGUUUCGGAUCCUCAUUACCAGGGCCCGACUUUACAGCACAUUCCUGUUUAUUAUGUACCGGGCCGCGAGAAUGUUCCGGUCCAUCAGGUUCCGAUUGGGGCACCUUAUGUUCAACAAUUCACAACACCACCGGGUCAGAUACCAGUUGGGUUCCGUCAGAUGGUACCGGGUAUGGGUCAGGUCUACGGUGGUGGAGUGAGACCAGUGGCGACAAUGGAUCCUUAUGAGAUGUCGGGCAGAGUAGCACCCGAUGGUGUGAAUUACUAUGGGGUUAGAAAUGCUUAUCCAGGUAUGAUGGUGUCGAGUGGGGAAGAAGUGCCGGUUAGCAGGUCGGAGGCAAAGGUGGAGCGGGUCUCCCACUCUUGAUAAUAUGGCUGCUAUCGUUAUGUUAUGCUAUGGUAUGCCUAUUUGUUUUGUUUGGAUAUGAGUUUUGUGUGGUUGAUGCUGAAAAACAGUUGUAUUGUAUUUGGUUUGUAAUAUAGUUGUCUUUGUAUUGUGCUUCAAUUCAGUGCUGUAAAAAUAAAAAUUAAAAUUAAAAAAAAUAAUUAAUAAAUAAAUAAACGGUGAUGAAAAUGUUAAA